UCUUAAUGUCAAUCAGUAACCGGGAAUAUUCAAGUUAAACUAGAAAGGUACUUUGUAUUUCAGAGAAAGCAAAGCUAAUAAUGGACUUUAAGAAAAUGAACUAGAUAAAAUACUUUUUCUAUCUAGUUGCAAGUUUAUUGAUGUGGUAUAAAUAAAAAUCUUUUAUCUGAUAUAUUUUUGACUUAGUGGCAUGUGACAGAUAACCUAAGUGGAUUUAACUUGUAAUUAAAACAGUGGAAACAGGAGACUUUUUGAUAUUAUUGAGUGAAUCAAGUGCAAAAUGCAACAGAUAUUAAAUGCCAGUCCUUUUAUUGAUAAAUUAAAGCAUUUUCAACAAGUAUUAUCAUAUAGAAUUCAACUGACAACAUCACAAAAGGUUAUGCUAUGGAGCUUAGGAGUGGUUGGUACAAGUGCAAUGGUGGUAGGCAUCCUUUCAAGAUAUCUUGCAAGAAGGCGAGCAAAACCAAUUUUUAACCCAAGGAUACAAAGGGCAAUAAACAAGAGACUGUCAAGGAUGAGAAGUCCAAAUGGAGGUAUGGGAUCUGUUGCAAGCAGUGGGGGCCGAAGUAGUCCACUUGGCUUCAGUGAGAGGCUUUCAAUGGCAUCUGGGUCUAUUGGUUCUGGUGGAGAUGCUGCAUCUCUCUCUCCACAGCAGCUUGGAGUAAUGGGUAUGGAGGCGUUGGAAACGAGCAUCAACUACUGGGAGGACGCGCUGGCCGCGUUCAGCGCGGGCGCGCGCGGCGGCGUGUCGGGCACGCUCGCGCUCACGUCGCCCGAGGAGGCCGAGUUCUGCAGGGAGAUACAGGACCUCCUGCAGAACGCUUAUCUCUUGCAGGAGCGAUGCGAGCUGCUCUUCUUAGAUCAGCGAUCAGUACUCUUUAGAUCUGAAAGUGGUGGCCCGGGAGGAGAAGGUUCCGUGGGGCGACGCACGCGCCUGCUCUCCUCGCACACUACGUCGGAGCACACGAGGAAGGAACAUCACUCGAGUGCGGAAUCAUUUGCUUCAGCUGAAGAUCAGGUAGGAGAUUUAAGAGAAUUUGACGAUUUAACAGAAUCCGUAGCCGAAAUAGAAAAUUAUGAAUUAUAUCAAACGGCUGUUAAACAGCUCGAAGGUGGAAUACCUUACAGGACGCUCCGCACGGAGGUGGUGGGCUGCGGCUCGGACGCGGAGUUCCUGUGCAAGCUGUGGUGCCUGCGCGCCGGCUUCCAGGUCGCGCUGCGCGACGGCGGCGCGCGCGCCUGGUUCGUGGACGCCGGCCGGCAGGUGCUCACCGACCUGCUGCUCUUCGCGGACAAGGAACCGAAGGAAUUUUUAGUUGCAUACGAAGAAAUGGUGUCGUGGACGAGCGACAUCGCUAAUUGGCAUACUAUUGAAAGCGAACUCAGGAGUAAAGGUGUCAAGGUGGUGUCGUUCUACGACGUGGUGCUGGACUACAUCCUGCUGGACGCGUUCGAGGACCUGGCGGCGCCGCCCGCCUCCGUGCUGGCCGUCGUGCGCAACCGCUGGCUCUCCGACGGGUUCAAGGAGAGCGCGCUGACGACGGCCGUUUGGUCGGUGAUAAAAGCGAAGAGACGGUAUCUUCAGUACCCGGACGGCUUCAUGUCGCACUUCUACUCCAUAUCCGAGCAUUUGCUGCCGGUACUCGUCUGGGGAUUCCUCGGACCACGCGAGCGACUGAAAGUCGUUUGCGAGACUUUCCAAGCGGAAAUCGUCGGCUUCAUUUCAGAUCUAUUCAGCUUCCAGAAGUGUCGAUACACGAACGUCGAGGACCUGGCGGUGGACAUCAUGCACAACGCGCGUGCGCGGGCCGCCAGCAUCACGGACAAGCUGGCCGAGCGGAACUGAACCACCCGGCGCUACUGCCCAGAUACUUGUAAUCCAUGUAUUAUUUCGUUAACAAAACCCAGUAGAAAUUGCCUACGUGUGCGGCAUUCGCUUGCUAACGAUGUAAUAAUGGAUUUUUGACGCAUCAAAAUAGUUUAGCGUGUUUUACACACUACGCUUGUUGGACAACAUUAAAGCUGUUACAUAUAUAUAUUAUAUUAUGUUUAAAGCUCAAAAUGCCGGCCGCGCUUCCUACCUGCACUUUGUCUACUUAACACACACAAAAGGCAACAUUAAUAAUUUCUGGUGCCACACACAUGGCUCAGUAGAACGCCAAUCUCAGUAAUAACGUUAGCAGUUACCGUGCAGGUGGAGCAGAAGUAUGAACAAAAUUUGACAGCACAGAAAAAUGCCACCUCCUUCUCUUGUAACUUUGGCUACGAGUAUUCUAGUCCUGUCAAAUACGUUUAGAUAUUGUAUAUAUAAGAAUUAUAGGCAAUUUUUA